AUGACUUGUCAUGCAGAAGUAGAGUUGUUUGUGAACAAGUUUAAUGAAAGUGAUAGAACCAUGCGGUUGGAGCUUUUGAAGAAGUUGAAAGAGAUUGUAUAUCUGGGAAGCACUUUUCUUGUUGAGCCGGAGGUGAAGCCCAAAACACGUCCUCGAGAUCAUAAGAAGAUCAAUGUUUCUACCCGUCGUGACCCGUGUGCAUUUGAGUUAGUGCAAUCUGGACAUGAUUCCUUCUCACCUAGGGACACUCAAAUCACUACAUUAGCUUCUACUCUGCAAACCAAGAAGAAGGGACCUGUUAAGGGAAAGGAGAAGGUGAAUCCGAAAGGGAAGGCAUACAUUACUAGAACAGUGAAACCUGGUGCAUAUGUUGAUGCUUUCCCUGUUGGGUUGAAACCAUACAUUAAGUUUGUGAAGGAUGUAGCUGCAGAUGGGAAUUGUGGUUUCAGGGCUAUAGCUGCUUCAAUUGGUCAUACAGAAGAUGAUUGGGCUCAAGUUAGGCAUGAUCUAUUGGGUGAGCUGCACACACACAAAGAGGAAUACAUUACACUUUAUGGGUCCUAUGAAAGGUUUGAAGAAUUGACAAGCAUAUUGUCAUACUUUGAAGACUGUCCUGGAUACUCACAUUGGAUGACUAUGCCAGACAUGGGGUAUCUUGUUGCAUCGUGCUACAAUCUUGUGUUAUACCACUUGUCUUUACAGCAAUGUCUCACCUUUUUACCUCUUAGAACAGUGCUAGUACCUCAACUUGAUAGACGUGAGAUUGCCAUUGGGUUUGUCAAUGGAAAUCAUUUCGUCCAGCCAGGCCAUCUAGUUCCUCCUAUUGCCACUAAUUGGAGAAAAUACCGUCACCCUUGCGCUGUCGACUGA